AAGACGAGAGCUUAGACAGUAGCAAUUCCUCGGACACACCUUUACCAUCCUGUGAAUUAGACACCGAUCCGAACUAUUCAUUCUACUCUUCCUUCGAUAACUUGACCGCCAACUCCCGCCGCGCCAACUCUGUCCCGCCGGCAUCAAGCCUCCCCCCUCGAUUACAAACCAAUACUAGCUCCCUUAGCUACGCCGAAUACGCCUCAUCCGCCGCGAGCUCUCCCUCUGGUGCCUGCGCUGCGCUAACAAUCGAUAGCGACUGUGGUCCCGACAACCCAACGCUCGAACCCAGCUCCGCCUCUUCUAAUAUAUAUUCUGGAAGGGGCAGCUCACCAUUUACCAAAAUCACCUAUCAUCGUGCAGUCAUGGGCGGUGCCGUUGAAUUCCCAGAUAGAGCCUCCUCCCCGUUAAAACGACGCGCCUCCAGUAUGGAACCUGAUAUUGCAGACCAAGAUGCAACUGAAGAUGUCGAUAUGAUUACGGCGCCGCCGUCCGAUGCUCCGGACACAUCUAAAUCCGAACAACCUAACGGUCAAAUUACAACCGAUGCAGGUCCCGCAGUGGAUGGCAACGCCGAUGUGACGGCUGAAGAAACUGUUGAGCCGAUGGACGUAUCACCAUCACGUCAACCACCAGAAUCCAUAGAGGCCCACGUGAAAGCUAUCAGAGUGUUUGUGGAAGAGCAAAACACGCGCCCACUUACAGAAGGCCAGGAGUGUUUCUUAGUCUCAAAAAUGUGGCUAGCUAACGUGCCGGACGAUUUAUCACCAAAACAUACUAUCGAGGACUGGGCCUCAAUACCACCAGUGGAUAACUCGGAUAUCAUUCAAGAGGUUAUAGAUGAUCCUUGUGUCGGUAGUGGCGUGGUAGAUGUUCUAAAGAAAAAGUUCGUUCGGUUGAAGCCGGGUUACGAUUCGGAGCAAUUUGAACCUUUCCCUAAAGAUGCCUGGGAUCUUCUUAUCAAAUGGCCCGGGUUGAAAGAGGACCAAAUGCCUAUUCUCCGUUUGGCACAUGCUACAACGGACGAUGGCAAAAAUGUCAUGUGGGAGUGGCAUCCGCCUGUACUGUCGAUAUAUCGACUCUGGUCUGCCAAUAGCGAGUUGCCGAUCGAAGCAACCAUGAAGGCUACGAACCCGCCACCUUCAAGACUUGCACGUAGUCGCUCAACAAAUUUCCAGACCUUCUUGAAACAGGCAAAAAGAGUCACAGGAAUAGAUUUAUCGCAAAGAGUUCGAGCUUGGAGCGUUUUGCAGCCACCUAUUGGCCAAACAUCAGGUAAUCCAGUGCCCACUCUCUUCGCUUCUCAAGAUGAUACGAAACCUAACACUUCCCAAGCCUGGAACCAUCUUCUCUUGGACGUCGAAUCAUUUCUAGCCCUCGAGAGAAAAUCAGAAAGAGAGCUCAUCGAUUUCGGUGAUCGAACAGAUCAGCCAAAUCAGAAAUCUGUCAAGACGCUAGGCCACUUCAGUAUUGCGCAGGAUCAAGCCAUUGUCUUGGACCCUCAUGAAAGUGGUUCUACUUGGACGUCGACUCUAACGUCUUCUCAAGCACGAACAUCGCUACCAUCUAGAAAUAGCUCUAACAAUCUAACCGUACAAAACCGGAACGCUAGAAGCGGACGCACUAGUCCAGUAUCCCAGGGGGCUCUCACACGUGGUAGAGCUAAGUCUGGUAAGGUCCCCGGGUGCGUGGGAUUAGCAAACUUAGGUAAUACGUGUUAUAUGAACGCGGCCCUUCAGUGCGUCAGGAGCGUUGAGGAAUUAACCAAGUAUUUCCUCUCGGGAGAAUGGGAAUUAGAACUCAAUAAGGAAAAUGUCCUCUCUCACAAUGGCGAUGUGGCUGCUGCUUAUGCCCACUUACUGAAGGAAUUUUAUAAAGAUUCGUCGCCGGGUUCCGUCUCGCCCCGUCAAUUUAAAACCACAAUCGGUCGAUAUUCUACGGGAUUUUCGGGUUAUGGUCAGCAAGACUCACAAGAGUUUCUUGGAUUUUUGCUGGAUGGGUUGCAAGAAGAUCUUAGUCGGAUCAAGAAGAAGCCUUAUAUCGAGAAGCCGGACUCGACCGAUGAAAUGGUUAACGACCCUGCCGCAAUCCGAGAAAUGGCAGCUAAAGUAUGGGACAUUACCAAGAAACGUGAUGACUCCGUCAUAGGCGAUUUAUUCACUGGCUUAUACAAAUCGACACUGGUUUGCCCGGAAUGUCGGAAGGUUAGCAUCACAUUUGACCCGUUCAAUAAUCUAACCCUACCUCUACCCGUGGAAAACAAGUGGAGUCACACCGUCAAGUUCUUCCCCCUAAAUGAUCGGCCAGUCGACAUCAGAGUCGAGCUUGACAAGCAUGCCAGCAUCAAAUCUCUGAAGGAGUUCCUGUCUACCAAAACCGGCGUGCCGGCUGAACGCUUGUUUGGCGCGGAAGAAUGGAAGGGCAGGUUCUAUAAGUAUUAUACUGACGUCUCCUGCGCCUCGGAAGAGAUUGCACACAACGACAAUGCUUGGUUCUUCGAGCUGGAGGCUAAGCCUACAAACUACGGUGCUAAGCCGCAUAAACAGCAGAAGUAUGGAGUAGCAGUCAGAUCCAUGGUUGAUGAGGAGGAGCACAAUGCCUCGGCUUCGUGGAACGACGAGCAAGCUGAGAAGCUACUUGUCCCCGUCUUCCACCGGCGUCCAGCGCCUUCAAAAUCCAGUUUUCACCAGGGUAGAUGGGCACAGGCCUGCGCCCCUCAUUUUGUUAUUAUCACGCCCGAAGAAGCCAAGAGCGAGGAUGCUAUUCGCCGCAAGGUCCUAGAAAAGGUCGUAACGCUAACAAAAUAUCCUCUUUCCACACGUGGGGAGGAUUCGGAGGGGUCCGAUAACACUGAUCUCGACAUUAUAGGGAUGAGCUCUGACACAGGUUCUAAUGAAGAUGGCGGAGUCCGAAGCAACCCUUCCGGCAAGCAAUUCUGUCACAAGAAGCCGGCUUGGAUAGUACCGGGGUCGUUCCUCCCUUCCAUUCUUCAGAAUAUGUUUGAUAUUUGCUACUACUCGGAAUCAGGAGCAUGGUUACCGACUGGCAUGAGCGGCAUCAAUGAUGACAGGCAAUAUCCGAAACUCUCGACCAGAGUUCUACCCGAGUGUUCAUCGGAAGACCAGUUCGACAAUGCAACCAAUGGCACGGCCUCUAAUGAAGAGUCCAGUUCAGACGAAGCGCCGCGACGAAGUACUGAUCACUCCUACACACGCAUGCAAGACGAAAGCGAUGACGAGGAUGCUAGCCCGAUCAUUAAGCCGAACCACCACCGCUCUAAACAGAACGGACGGGCUAAAGGCAAAAACAAGCAACAGAAGGCGUUCAAGAACCACAGCAAGGGGGCCAAGAAGAAGCUACGUCAGCAACAACGCCAAUCAAAGGAGAAGCAUCACAGUAUAGAACUGGAAGAAUCAUUUAAUAUAGGCGAACCUGGUCCCGAUGGAGGUCCCUUAAUCCGCCUCAGGGAAGCUCUCAUUAUCGACUGGUCUGAUAUUGCUUAUGAUCGCACCUUUACUGAUAGUAGCGCACCAGCCAAUGACAACUCACUCGCAACAUGGGUUUCCUGUGAGACUCUACCCGACCCCGAGCUAGACAAAGCCCAAGCAGCUCGGACUAGGAGUCGUAAGAACGGUAUCUCUCUUGAGGCAUGUCUCGACGAGUUUGAGCGAGAAGAAAUCCUUUCUGAACAAGAUAUGUGGUAUUGUCCUCGCUGCAAGGAGCACAGGCGUGCUAGCAAGAAAUUUGACCUGUGGAAGACUCCAGACAUUCUCGUCAUUCAUUUGAAGAGAUUUAGUUCUAGUGGUUUUAGAAGAGACAAAUUAGAAGUUUUGGUCGACUUCCCUCUUGAGAAUCUGGACAUAACUUCUCGCGUUCUCCAAAAGGAAGAUGGUAAACAGGAAGUUUACGAUCUGAUCGGAGUUGACUGCCACUGGGGAGGCCUGGGAGGCGGUCACUACACUGCUCAUGCGAAGAACUUUGUGGACGGCCACUGGUAUACGUAUAAUGAUUCGUCGGUAUCGCGAGCGUCUCCUGAUAGAAUUGUCGACUCAUCUGCGUAUUUGCUGUUCUAUCGUCGACGAUCUGAAAUCCCCCUUGGUGGGCCUCGCUUCCAGCAAAUCUUGGAUAGGUUCCAAGAUGAUGGUUCCGACAGCGAACUCCCUGAUUCGGGGGAAGAUCAGCGUCUCGGCGAAGGCUUCUCCCAGAUUGGGUCGUCGAGCGCGUUACAAGGAGCAGGAGCUACUCACCUGCGCGGAAGCACUGGUGGUAAAUCGACAAAUGGCUUUACCUUGAAUAACGCAAAUAGUAGCUGGGACAUUAAGACCAUCGACGAUGUCCUCGAGCAUCCCUCCGAAGAUGUCCACCGAAGCAUCGAAGAGGAUGAAGGCAUAAGCUUAACCGAAGACACAGUACAACCAGCAGGUUUCCAACCGCUCACAAAUGGUAAUUCUUGGAGCUUUGACAACCUUGCGCCUAACGAUAUCGCGGAUAUCGAAAACCCCCCCUCGGAGAGUCCCCUUGACUCGGAUGCGGCCUCGGAUGUGGCACAACACGAUUCAUCUGGUGAUGAACGGGUGCUCAGUCCCCGUGAGAUGGAUUUCGAGCCAGACCACGAGCCAGAAUAUCCGGGGAUGUCGCAUUAUGAACUGUCACAACCCGAGACCAAUCUACCCUCGUAUAGUGAAAUUCCGCCCCCCAACUACCGAGGUGAAAUGACCCAGGACGAUAUGCACCAGAUUUGGGAUCAGAAGAACACGAUCCACAAAGUUGCACCCGAGGGUGAGAAUGAUGCGGGUUCCGAAGACGCAGCGGAAAUCCACAUUGGUGAAGACGAUAAGAUUAAGCUCACCUAGUUAGACGGCAUCGAUUGUUGGUGUCUAAAUAGGGCACUACGCUAAUGGAUCCAGGAGUCUUCCAAGUGAAGAUCUUCGCCCUGAUACAUUGAAGAGAAAGGGAAAACCUUGAUACCUAGAGUACGUUAACCAGUGAGCAAUGG